ACAAUUUUAAACGUUUUAUUACCUUCCUAAAGAAACAAUUAAUGUUUUAAAACGUGAAAUUUCAAUGAAACAAGUUGGACAAAUUCAAGCAUUCGAUAAUCAUUCGAGAUGAUGCUACCUCGAAUAGAUUUAAUCAGUUUUCAUGGUCUUUAGCUAACUUCUCACUGUAUAGUCAUAUGAUCGACACGAAAAAGGGCGAGUCCGAUUUUGACUUUGACGGAUCUGUGUUGGGAGUAGAGUAGUAAUCGAAUUGUAGUAAACGAACUCUCAAUAUGAAGGGCUGUAUGUUCAACAUUGAUAAUGGAUAUCUGGAAGGACUUUGUCGUGGAUUUAAAUGUGGAAUCCUUCAACAGAGUGACUACCUUAAUCUUGUACAAUGCGAAACUCUUGAAGAUUUAAAACUACAUUUGGCUGGUACAGAUUAUGGAAGUUUCUUGGCUAAUGAACCAUCACCACUAUCUGUUAGUGUAAUUGAUGAUAAAUUAAGAGAAAAACUUGUUGUGGAAUUUCAACAUAUGCGUAAUCAUUCUGUUGAGCCUUUGUCUCAAUUUUUAGAUUUCAUUACUUACAGUUAUAUGAUUGAUAAUAUUAUCUUAUUGAUUACUGGAACUUUGCAUCAAAGGCCAAUUUCAGAAUUAAUUCCAAAAUGUCAUCCUCUUGGUAGUUUUGAACAAAUGGAAGCUAUUCAUGUAGCAGCUACACCUGCUGAACUUUAUAAUGCUGUAUUAGUAGAUACUCCUUUGGCACCAUUCUUUGUGGAUUGUAUCUCUGAACAAGAUCUGGAUGAGAUGAACAUUGAAAUAAUCAGAAAUACAUUAUACAAAGCUUAUUUGGAAGCAUUCUACAAGUUUUGUAAAGAAAUUGGUGGAACAACUGCAAAUACUAUGUGUGAAAUACUUGCGUUUGAAGCAGAUAGAAGAGCAAUUAUUAUAACUAUAAACUCCUUUGGAACUGAACUAGGUAAAGAUGAUAGAGCAAAAUUAUAUCCACGCUGUGGAAAAUUAAAUCCUGAUGGAUUAGCAGCAUUGGCAAGAGCUGAUGAUUAUGAACAGGUCAAAGCUGUAGCAGAAUAUUAUGCUGAAUACAGUGCCUUGUUUGAAGGUGCAGGUAAUAAUUCUGGUGAUAAAACUCUAGAAGAUAAAUUCUUCGAGCAUGAGGUUCGCUUAAACGUUCAUGCUUUCCUUCAACAAUUUCAUUUUGGAGUAUUUUAUAGUUACCUUAAAUUAAAAGAACAAGAAUGUCGUAAUAUCGUAUGGAUAGCGGAAUGUGUUGCGCAAAAGCAUCGUGCUAAAAUAGAUAAUUACAUUCCAAUUUUUUAAUAUGUAUGUCUCUAAAGAUUCUAUCGAUUAUUUAUGUUUAACUACAACAAUAUCACACAAAAAUAUUUUUCCUCUUUAAUUUUAUUCUUCAACUAUGAAUAACUAAGGAUUCUACAGUAUUCUAUAAAUAAAGAAGAGGAAGCUGUCAAAUAGAAACAAAAUAAUGAUUUAGUUCAUAACUAAAAUGAACGGCCAAUUGUGUGUCUAGCUAAAUUGAACAAAUAAUAUUGAAAAUUACUAUUUAGUAUUACUGUCAUACAUACAAAAAAUGGAUAUCAUAUAGAUGUAAAUAGUGUAUUUUAUCGUAGAUCGGUAUAUAUUAUGUUUGAUGUUAUCCGAUGUUGUAAUUAUCGAUUCUAUUGUAAUAUAAAAUAAUAUAUAAUGCAUUCCAUAAGUUUGAAAAUUUGACUAAAA